UAUCCUUUUCCCGACUAUAUUGCACCUGUCCCGGGUGAUAUCUUGAUUGCUCUUUUCAUAAAUUUGACGUAAAUUGCCUUAUUUAGAACAGCGGGCACUUGCUGGCAUAAAUAUCAUAGCCGCAUUAUUUGUUUUCCAUACAUUCGCCGUUUUCUCGGUGGCUUUCCCGCUCAUCUGCUCUCUACCUUUGAUGAGAUUUUCCCUCGAAAUAGUUUUCACCCAGUUGUAUUUUGGCGCCCGCGUUGAUCGGUUGUUCAGUCGGAGGAAAAUCGUUCGUUCGGCCUUUGGAAAAUGUGCCGUGCAAAGACGUGGGUUUAUUUUUAGCCAACUUGCUGAUUUCCACACUCGUCGUGCUCCACAAAUCGGGUUGAGAAUCGACAACUGGCCAACUAAUUGCCCAUCGCCAGGCUUUAGGGUCUUUCGACAAGAAGGCGGAAGAUUUCCAGAAUCCGAGGAAUUGGUUAUAUAAUCCAUAAAAGAUUAAGAUGGCCAACAAAUUUCAGAGGAAAAUCUCCCCUGCAGCAGGUGGAGGUGUGGGAGGGGCAUCCAGUGUUUCCUCUACGCCGAGCAAUCAGCCCCGGAAACAGGUGAAAAGAUGCUGCCGGAAUUUCGUCACCUUUAUGUGCACCCAGGUGGGCGUGGGCGCCCUGAUCGUGUUCUACGCCAUCUGCGGAGCCUUCGCCUUCAUGCACAUCGAGCGCCAGUUCGUGGACGAGACGGCUGGCCAUGUGAUGGAGCUGCGCCAGAACUGCUCCCAGCAGCUGUGGAGCAUCACGGAGGAGCACAACGUCGUCGAUCGCCGGCUCUGGACGGAGGCCACGAAUGCGGUUUUGCGGGAAUACCAGGAGCAAAUAGCUGGAGUCGUCAAGCACGGCUAUGUGGGCCGAAGUCCAGAACAGAUCUGGAGCUUUCCGGCUGCCCUGAUGUUCUGCCUUUCGGUGAUCACCAUGAUUGGCUACGGCAACAUGGUGCCCCGUACUCCGUGGGGCAAGGGAUUCACUGUGAUCUACGCAACUUUUGGCAUACCCCUGUACAUCCUGUACUUCCUGAACAUGGGACGAGUGCUGGCCCGCUCGUUUAAGUUCCUCUAUCGCUCUAUGCACGACUGUACCCAGGAGCAUCCCCGCCUGGAUCGUUUGGACGCGCUCGAAGGAGGUGUCACCAUGGCGCGAAAGAAGGUCAUUGUACCCUCAACCGCUUGCCUGUGGGUCAUAUUCUUUUACGUCCUGACCGGCACCGUGAUGUUUGCCAACUGGGAGAAGUGGAGCUUCCUCAAUAGCUUUUACUUCUGCAUGACGUCGCUUUGCAAGAUUGGAUUCGGUGACUUUGUGCCCGGAGCCUCGCUGACCACCACGGCGGAUGUGAAUGCAGCGACGCACAAGCUGCAGGAGGACAUCGCCGCGGAUCCUGCCGAGCUGGCCCAGCUGCAGUCCGUGGCCGCCGACCAGCACUCCAAACUGGCCAUUAACUUUGUCUACAUGCUGCUGGGCAUGGGUCUGGUGGCCAUGUGUAGCAACCUGAUGCGCGAGGAGGUGCGCUUGAAGGCGCGCGAGAUGCGCGAGGAUGCCAAACUUUGCAUAGAGGACACGCGGCUGCGCUUUGUCGGCUGUUGCGGGAAUCCCCGAGAUGCAUACGAGGACGAUUACUACUAGAAUAACUAACUGGAAUAUGGGAGGUGCU